AUGUUCAAGUUCGCUACCACCGCUUUGCUCUUCGCCUCCUGCCUCCCGACUGCUUUCGCAGCCAAGUGCUCUGCCGUGGGCUGGCAGCACCAGACCACCAUCCGCGGUGGAAUGGUUGGUGACAUGGGAGUCUACCUCUACCGUGGCGAUCAGAAGAUCGGCGAGGCCAAGCAAUGCAUGAAGUGCGAAACUCCUUGCACCGACCUCAUGAAGAUUGAGGGUGAUGGUCUCGAAGACACCUUUGCCUGGGCUGCAACCUGCAACCUCAACCACUUCACCGAGUGCCACGGUGCUUACGCCACCCAGACCCAUAUCGAUGGUCUUCCUCCUUCCAAGGACGGCAACGCCUACGGUAUUUCCGCUGGUGUCAGCUCUCAGUGCAAGAUUGAGUUCGACUGUUAG